AUGCUGCCAAGGAAAAGGGUAUUUAUACAUCUAUAUAAUAACAUAUGUGGACGUUGUAUUAUUAAAGAGAAAAGAUUUUAUCAUAAAAAGAAUGGAUAUUUAUGCAAAUCCAAUCAACCAUAUGAUUACAAGAGGAGUAAAAAAGGAAAUAUCACACAAUCUAUACAAAUAAAUAAAGAAAUUUUAAAAGAAGGUAAUAAUGUAUUGGAACUUAUAAGAAUAAUUGAGAAGAAUGAAGAUCAUAUGAAUAUUAUUAAUUAUGUAACUUUUUUUCAUAGAGUUAUGCAAAUAUUAAAUAAAAAUAAACAAAUAUAUAUAAAAAAUAAAAUAUAUAUUAAUAAAAGCAUAGAACAAAAUGUAAAGAGAAUUUUUGAUUAUUUAAAAGAUACAAAUAAUAUUAUAAACAAUGUAAAUAAUUAUAAUAAAAGAUUAUUUUCUUCUUUUAUAUGGUCAUAUAGUAAAUAUUUUUCUUUCCUAAAUGAAAAGAAUGAAUAUUUUGUUUCUAUUGAAUAUAAAAAUAAAUUAUUAUUAAACGAUAAAUUUAUAAAUGAAAGUUUUCAUAAUAAUAUAAAUUAUAAUAUUCAUAAAGAUAGUAGUAUAUUACCAAAUUGUGAUAUUAUAAAAGAAAAAUAUGAAGAUAUAAAUAAAUCCUUAAUACAACCAUGUAAUAUUUCAAAUGCUAAUAUAAAUCAUAUAUUUGAAGUAAAUAAUAAAAGUACAUACAAUAAUAUAUAUAAUUCUGAUAUUAUAUAUAAAUAUUCAAUAUAUAAUAAAAUAAAUAUUGAUUUAUUAUAUUAUUAUGCUAAUCAAUAUUUACCUGUCUUAAAUCCUUCAAGAUAUGUUAUUGUGCUUUGGUCGUUUAGCAAAUUAAAUAAAGACCAUAAAAUUCUACACGAAAAGUACUAUAAAAAAAGUAUUAGUCUCAUACCCUUAUUAAAAUAUAAAGAACUUAUAAUAUUACUUUAUUCAUAUUCUUAUGUUAACUUUAGUAAUUUGUAUUUUUAUGUAAAUAUAAAAAAUUAUAUUUUGGAACAUGAAAUAUAUAAAAAAAUAAUAAGCGAAAAAAAUUAUGAAUCAUUUGUAAAUAUGUUAUUAUCUUUUAUGAAGCAAAAUAUAUUAUUCCUUGAUUUAUAUGCAAAUAUAAUUAAGUAUAUUAUUUUUCAAAAAAAGUAUGCAUUUUUUAAUCUAUUAAAUAAUCAAGAGUUGAUAACUCUUACAUAUUGUCUGUGUAAAUUUCCUAUUAUAAGGAUAUAUGAGCAACUACCAAAAAAUAUUAAUAUAAAGAAAAAUAAUAUUAAUAAGGACAGGUUAUAUACACAUCAAAUAAUUCUUUUAUAUCAAUAUUUAAAAAAUAUAAUUAUCAAAAGGUCCAAUAUGAUUUUUAUAGGACAACCAGAUAUAGAUUAUUCAUUUCUUUAUAAAUCUAUUAUUAAUAAUAAUAAUAAUAAUAUAUACACAUUAGACAAUUUAAUUUUAAUUAUAUGGUCCUUAAGUCUUAAACAUAUAUAUUCAGCAAAAUUAUUUCUAUACACAUUUAUUAAGUUAAAUUAUAUGAUAAAAAAUGAACAACUUAUUUAUAAUCAAUACAAUAUAUUAACUAAUUUUUAUUUAUCUUUUUUGUCUUUUAUAUUAGAAGAGAAUAUAUUCAUCAAUUUAUAUUUUAACAAGGAAAAUCAUCAUUACUUAAAUAUAUUAUAUCAACAUAUAGAUAUGUUUCUAUCUAAUUUUAAAGCAUGUAAGGAAACUAUAAAUAUGAAUAAACGAAAGUAUGAUGUCGAUAUAUCAAAUAUGCAAAAAAAUAUAUACGAAAUUAUAAACAAUAUAAAGUGGCCUAAUAAAAUAAAUACAAUAUUGGAGUAUAAAAAUGUGCAUAAUAUAUCUGUAGAUAUUUUAUUAUAUAAACCAAACUAUAUAUUACAAAAAAAAAAUUUAUUUAUGCAUAAUAUUAUAAAAUCUACAUAUGAUAUAUAUGAUAUAUAUGAUAUAUGUGACCAUUAUAUGUAUAACAAUAGUAGGGGAACCAAUAAAUCGUAUGAAAAUUUAAAAAGUAAUAAUAUUUUAAUUACCAUGUCGAAUAAAUAUGAUAGUAUUAAUAAAAGUAAAGAGAAAGGCAGAAUUAAAAUUUAUAAAAAUUUUAGUUCAUUAAUAAAUUCUUCAAAGGAUAAUAUAAAGGUACAAGAAAAACCACCAAAGAUAAAUAUGAACAAAAAAAAAAUGAAAAUAAUUAAUAGUUAUAAUAUUUAUAAUUAUAAAUAUAUUAAAUGUUAUUUUGGCACAAAUGUUGUAAAAUUGUCGAACAUAGAAAAGAACAAUUAUAAUAAUUUAAAAAAUAAUGAGGACAAUAAUUUAUUUACAUUUAUAGAAAAGAUAAAAAAUUUGUAUUUGAAAAAUAAUAAAGAUCAAUUGUUGUAUACAUAUAAAGAAUUACAUAAUAUAUUAGAUAUACAUAUUGUAAAUAUGAAACCAUAUGAUAUUAUAAGCUUUUUUUAUAAAUUUUCUUCUAUUCUCACCAUAUUUUAUACUAUAAAAUUUAUAGAACAUAUAAAUGAAUUGAUAAAGACAUAUUAUUAUUUCCAUAAUUUUACAUUUCUUUUUCUCAAAGAAACGAACAUCCAAAAAAAUUUAUUUAUAGACAUAUGUUGGAUAUAUUUUAGAUAUAUGAAAUUUUUAACAUAUAUAAAAAGGGAAAGAAAUCUAGAAGGAAAAUCCAUAAUUAUAAAUAAUCAUAUAUAUAAUAAUGAUCAUAGUAACAUAACAAAAAUGAAAAAAAUCAAACCAUAUAACAAUUUAUUAACACAUCAAUGUAGUAAUCAAAAUAAAAGUCAUGUACUAUUCGAUCAAUUAAAUGUUAUUGACAGUAUUUUUAAUAUGAUAAAAAAAAAAAUUAUAGAAGAUGAUAAUAUAAUAAAAGGCAUAUCUUCAAAAAAUAUGAGUUUCCUCAUUUCUAUUUUUAUAUAUUUGAAUCAUUCUGAACAUAUAAGACAAUAUUUAGAAAAGAACAAUUUUCAUGAAACUGUAUUUAGUAUUAAAGAUAUUCUAUUUAUAUUAACAGCACUAUCGAAAUGUAAUAAUAAUAUUAUUGAUAAUAAUAUUUGUAUGUGGGAUAUACAACACUUUUUUGUUAAUAAAUUUAUUGACAAUAUGAAAAAUUGUCAAGUACAAGAUUUAGUAGACUUCACCAAUUUAUGUGCACACUUAAAAAUAAAUCAAGAGCAUAUUAGUUCUAAUAUUAAAAACAAAAUAAUGUCAUACAUAUAUUGUAAAUCAAAUAAGGAAAACAAAAAUAUAGAAAAAAAAAAAUCCAUUCUUAAUAAUACAACUAUAAUGAACAUCAAUCAAGGAAAUAAUAAAUCAAUAAUAUUUAUUGAAUUAUUUGAUGAAAAACAACUAGCUUUUUUUGUAAGAAGUUGUUAUAGAAUGCAUUGUUUUGAUAAAUCAUUUUUUGAUUUAUUAUGUGAUAUAAUAUUAAAAAAAUAUCGUACCUUUCAUAUUAAUAAUUUAUGUAUUGCUUUACUAUGUUUUUCUCGUAUAUAUUGUCUCCAUAAAGCAACAAAUUUUGUGCCUAAAAAGAGAGAUAUAAAAAUAAAGGAAUUUAUAAAUAAACAUAAAAAUAAUAAAGGAGAUGAAUAUUUAGAGAAGAAUAUAUCCAUGUGUAGAUAUGAUAUACCUGUAUCUUUAAAAAAAUUAAUAAAAUAUUCAGAAAAAAAAUUGUUAUCAAAUACAAAUAUAGAUUUUUAUAAUUUAUGUUAUUUUAUGGAAAGUAUUACUCUCUUAAAAAUACAAAAUCAAAAAUUAUACCAACUAGCUGUAAAUGAAACAAUGAGAAAUAUCACUCAAAAAAUUUACAAUGAACAAGAUACUAAAAUUUUUGGAAAAAUAUUGUGGUCUUUAUCUUAUUAUCAUAAAACUGAAUUCGUAUUUUCGUUUCACAUAAUUCGUUUUAUGUUACAAAAUAAGAUAUAUAAAUAUAUAAUACCUGAAAAUUUUAUAUCCAUAUAUUUAUAUUUCAUUCAAUCUAGGGUAUAUAAUCCAAUAUUAUUUCAUAAUUUAUCUCAGGUCAUAUUAUCAAAUAUUACUUUAAAUGAUUAUUUUACACAUAAUAAAAAUAAACACGCGAAUAUAACAAAUAUAAAGUUGAAUGUGGUUAGCGAAUUAUAUGCUACUAUGUCAUGGGCAUAUGCCUUUGUAUAUAAUGACAAAUUAAAGAAAGAAGAAAGAUAUAUGUUAAAUAAAGAAGCAAAAAAUGAAGUUACUACAUAUACUUUAAAAAAAGAUGAAAAAAAAAUAUGGUAUAAAGAAAAUAUAAAUGAUGAUGAUGAUGAUGAUAAAUUAUUUAAAACUAAAUCAUAUAAUGAUGAUGACAUAAUGUAUAAUGAUUUAAAUUUUAUACAGAAAAUAUAUUCGUAUAUUUUUAAUGAAAUAAAAAUUUUAGAAAAGUAUAAUAAUCUUUCCUUUUUAUUACUUGUACGAUUUUUGUGGGGAAUAUCUGUGACCAAUCUUAUAAGUGAAUCUAUUAUAAAUUUUAUAAAUUUAUAUGACUGGAAUAAUGUAAAUAUAAAUGAACAAAAUCAUAUGCAUUUGCAUAUGAUUUUUACUUUUUGGUUAAGAGUAAAAUAUGAUCAUUCCCAUUUACAGUUGUCAAAGAGGUUUCUACAAUUAAAAGAUGAUAUUUUUUUGCUAUUACAAAAACGUGAAUUUAAAAGAAAUAAGAAUAAAAAUGAUCAUAUUUCUGGAUUCCACUUUCAAAUAUGUGAAAUAUUAGAUGACGUAAAUAUAAAGUAUGACAACGAAUACAUAACAGAAGAUCUCUUAUCAGUUGAUAUAAAACUUGAACAAAAAUGUGGUGAACAAAAAAUAGCCAUAGAAAUAGAUGGUCCAUCACAUCACCUCUUAGUUCUGAACGAAAUGGAAAAAGGGGAUCCUCAAAGGAUAAAAAAGACAUAUAUAAAAUGUGGUACUACCAUUUUCAAACAUUGGCUCCUCCGAAAAAGUGGAUGGUCAAUUAUUAACGUAACAUCAUUUGAAUGGAAUAAAAUAAAUAAAGAUGAAAAAAAGAAACAUAUAAUUGAAAAAUUAAAAGAACAUGGAAUAAUCGUAUAA